AUGACUCAUUAUAGUGAUUUGCAGAACAUUGGGCAGGGUACAUAUGGUACUGUUUACAAAGCAAUUGAUAAACGUAGUAAUAAUGCUGUUGCGUUAAAAGUCAUAAAAUUGGAUGAUGAAGAUGAAGGAGUACCCAGUUCUGCAUUACGUGAAAUAUGUUUACUGAAACAAUUAAAACAUCCUAAUAUUGUGACGUUACUUGAUAUUAUGCAUGCUGAAAAAAAAUUAACACUUGUCUUUGAAUGUUGUGAACAAGAUUUAAAAAAAUAUUUUGAUCAAUGUGAAGGAAAAAUUUCUCAAGCACAAACUAGACAUUUGAUGCAACAACUUUUAAGGGGUUUAUCUUAUUGCCAUUCUCAUAAUGUACUUCAUAGAGAUUUGAAACCACAAAAUUUAUUAUUAACAAAUAAUGGUUUACAUUUAAAGUUAGCAGAUUUUGGAUUAGCUAGAGCAUUUGGUAUUCCUGUUAGAUGUUUUUCAGCAGAAGUAGUUACUUUAUGGUAUCGACCACCAGAUGUUUUAUUUGGAGCAAAACUUUAUGAUACUAGUAUAGAUUUAUGGAGUGCAGCAUGUAUCUUUGCAGAAAUAGCUAAUGGUGGAAGACCUCUUUUUCCAGGAGCUGAUGUAGAAGAUCAAUUAAAAAGGAUUUUUAGACUACUUGGUACACCAACAGAAGAAACAUGGCCUGGAGUAACAAAUCUGCCAGAUUAUAUUCAAUUGCCUAUAUUUUUACCAGGAAUGUCGUUAUCGCAAGCAAUUCCAAAACUUAAUGUUCUCGGUAUUGAUUUAUUAAAAAAUAUUUUAGUACCAAAUCCGAUUCAUAGAAUGGAUGCAGAACGAUGCCUACUUCAUCCAUACUUCACUUCCCCAGAUGACACACAAACAGUUGUAAAAACACAAUAA